AUGAUUAUUGAUGCAUUUGGUCAAGUUUAUGGUGAUCUAAUGCAUGAAGAUAUUCGGAAUGUUGAAGAAGAACCUAAUCCUCAAGUUAAGAAGUUUUUUGAGAUGUUAGCAGCCGCACAAAAACCAUUGUAUGAAGGAAGUCGAUUAUCUGUUUUAGAGAUGGCUUCAAGGAUUACGAGCUUGAAGUGUGAAUACAACUUGCCUCAUAGAUGUGUCGAUAGUAUUUCAUCGCUCAUUAGUAAAGUAAUUCCUAAUGAAAAUUCAAUGUCCAAGACGUACUAUGACACUAAAAAGGUGGUAAAGGGCCUUGAACUUCCUCAUGAGAAAAUACAUGCAUGCCCUAAAGGAUGCAUGUUAUUUUGGAAGGAUAAAGCUCACCUUGAAAAGUGUUCAAAAUGCGGGGGGAGCGUUAUAAGAAGACUUCUCGUGGAAAAUGUGUGCCGGCCAAAGUGUUAUUCUACUUCCCAAUCGCGCCAAGGUUGCAAAGGCUCUAUGCGACCAAAGACCUUGCAAAUGAAAUGCAGUGGCAUUCACAAAAUCCUUAGGGUAAGUGGAACACUCGCCCAUCCAAGUGAUAGUGAAGCAUGGAAACAUCUUGAUAACACAUACAAGGAUUUUGCAAGUGAGCCCUGUAAUGUUAGAUUGGGUCUAUGCACAGAUGGUUUCUCAGCUCAUGGAAAAUUUAGAAUGCAAUAUUCUUGUUGGCCAGUAAUUGUUACCCCAUAUAACUUGCCUCCAUGUUUAUGUAUGAUGAAGCCGUUUAUGUUUUUAUCCUUGCUUAUUCCGGGUCCUAAAAACCCAAAAGGGAACUUGGAUGUGUACAUGCAACCCUUGAUUGACGAAUUGAAAUCUCUAUGGGAAGUAGGUACAAUGACAUAUGAUGUAUCCACAAAGCAAAAUUUCAAGUUACGAGCUGCCCUUUUAUGGACGGUUAGUGACUUUCCUGCGUUUGGGAUGUUAUCUGGUUGGACUACAUCGGGAAAGAUGGCUUGUCUAUACUGCAUGGACAAGCAUAUAUCUUUUUGGCUAGAAAAAGGCUCUAAAGUAUCAUGGUUUGAUAGUCACUGUCAAUUUCUCCCACCUACACAUCUUUAUAGAAAAAACCGCACUGCUUUUUUCAAAAAAAGAGCAGAAACUCGAUUGCCUCCUCAAUAUUGA